AGCGCUCUACCCCUCUGGAGCGAAUGUCAACACAACAUGGCUGGAGCUCACAGCUGCUGGUGUUAGGACACAUCCAAGGGGAAACGUCUGUGUGGCUCUCACGCUCUGCAGCUGGACUUUAUCCACAACUGUUUAUUACUCGGAUUGUCUCAUAUGAAGACAGCGUGAAGAUCGGAUGAUGCACAAGCUCACAAAGGCGGCGCUGGCCUUUCACGGACUCGGUCGGUGCUUUGUCGCCGAGAAACACGUAUCUGCUAUAAACAUCUGCAGAAGAGGAUUAGUGUGUGCACAACACGGGGACGAUCCUGGCGAGAAUGAGGUGUAUGAUGUUAUCAUAUCCGGGGGAGGGAUGGUUGGAUCUGCAAUGGCAUGUUCCCUGGGUAUGGAUCCCAACCUGGAGGGCAAGAAGAUUCUGCUGCUUGAAGCAGGCAACAAGAAAGUGAUGGACAAGGUCCCAGACAGCUAUAGUACCAGAGUCAGCUCCAUCAGUCCUGGUUCUACCGCCCUCCUCAGCGGUAUUGGAGCAUGGGAACACAUUUCACAGAUGAGAUGCAAGCCGUAUAAAAGAAUGCAGGUUUGGGAUGCCUGCUCGGAUGCCCUGAUCACGUUCGAUAAGGAGAACCUGCAGGACGAGAUGGCGUACAUCGUGGAGAACGACAUCGUUGUGGCCGCGCUCACGAAACAGCUGGACAGUCUGUCCGAUAAUGUGCAAGUGAAGUACAGGUCCAAGGUGGUGAAGUACAAGUGGCCCAUGCCACAGCAGGCGGCAGAGUCCAUCCCAUGGGUCCAGGUGAAGUUGGCCAAUGGAGAGACUCUUCAGGCCAAGCUGCUGAUCGGUGCCGAUGGGCCAAACUCAAUGGUGAGGAAGGAAUUAGGGAUUCCUACAGUCAAGUGGAACUAUGACCAGUCUGCUGUUGUUGCUGUGCUGCACCUAUCAGAACCUACAGAGAACAAUGUCGCCUGGCAGAGGUUCCUCCCGACAGGACCCAUUGCAAUGUUACCGCUGUCGGACACAGAGAGCUCCCUGGUGUGGUCGACCAGCCAUCGCCUCGCCGAGGAGCUGCUAGCGCUGGAUGAGGAGAGCUUCGUCGACGAAAUAAACUCGGCCUUUUGGAGUAAUGAGAACCAGUCGGAGCUGAUCGAGACAGCGGGCUCUCUGUUCCGAGGGGCCCUGUCCGCCAUCAUGCCGUCUGCAGGUUCACCUCGACAGCUCCCUCCGAGUGUGGCAGGGAUCGGCCCCAAGAGCCGUGUCAUGUUCCCCCUGGGCAUGGGCCACGCAUCAGAGUACAUAAGGCACCGAGUGGCUCUGAUUGGGGAUGCAGCCCAUCGUGUCCAUCCCCUGGCGGGUCAGGGAGCCAACCUGGGCUUUGGGGAUGUGGCUUGCCUCACGCGGCUCUUGAGCCAGGCGGCCUUUAACGGGAAGGACCUGGGAGCGAUCCAGCACUUGUUAGAGUAUGAAACCGAGCGGCAGCGACACAACCUGCCCAUGAUGGCCGCGAUCAACCUCAUGAAGCACCUCUACUCCACUAACUCUGCCCCUGCGGUCCUCCUACGCACCUUCGGUCUGCAGGCCACCAACAUGCUUCCAUCUCUAAAGGAGCAGAUCAUGGCCUUUGCAAGCAAGUGAUGCAUUCACUACACAGAGGACGUUCAUGGAUCCCUGAAGAGUGUGAGCUGUAAAAAUUGUGUUUGUAAAAUAAUAAAAGACAUAUUUCAUGAUA